AUGAGGUCCGAGAAGGAGGCUGGCACUGCGGCCAGGGAGAGGAGGAUCGUCGAAAUACAAUUUCGAGACCUCCCGAGAGACCAAGACAAUAUUUCGACUAACCCUAAGCAGAAAGAAGAAAAAAAGGAAGUGUUCACCAAGGUAGUUAUCCGGAGACUUCCACCCAAUCUGUCAAAAGAUCAGUUAGAAGAACAGCUCAGUCCUUUACCUGUUUACGACUAUUUCGAAUUCUUCCCGGCCGAUCAAAGUUUGUAUCCUCACCUUUACACCCGGGCAUACAUUAAUUUCAAAAACCCAGAAGACAUUGUCCUCUUUCGAGAUCGAUUUGAUGGCUAUGUCUUCAUUGAUAAUAAAGGUCAGGAAUAUCCAGCUGUUGUAGAAUUUGCCCCAUUCCAGAAGGUUUCUAAAAAGAAACUCAAAAAGAAAGAUGCAAAAGCGGGAAGUAUAGAGGACGACCCUGAGUACAGAAGGUUUUUGGAGAACUGUUGUGAUGAGGAAAAAACGGCGGCCAAUCCUGAAACGCUGCUGGGGGAGAUAGAGGCUAAGACCAAAGAGCUCAUAGCGAAGAGAACCACACCACUUCUGGAGUACAUUAAAAAUAAGAAACUUGAAAAGCAGAGAAUCAGGGAAGAGAAACGAGAGGAGAGACGACGCAGGGAACUGGAGAAGAAACGCCUGAGAGAGGAAGAGAAGAGGAAGCGUAGGGAAGAGGAGAGGCGCAAACGGAAGGAGGUCGAGAAGCAGAAGAAACUAGCUGAAAAAGAGAUUAAAAUCAAGCUUCUGAAGAAAUCAGACAGGGAUGAAGAUUUUGAUUCGGACAGACUGAAGGACAAAGGGGACAAUGGAGAUCCUGAUAAAAGCAAAUGGGACAAAACUCCAGGGCACAUGAAAUCUAAACACCUUGACAAGGACUUAAAGGAAAGAGGCCAAGCAGAGAGUGACAAGGAACAGAAUGAGCUGAAAGACCAAGGGCAACGAUCAAAGGACCUAGACAGACACCCAAGCCGAGAUGAGGAGCGCAAGCGACAGAGGCACCACUAUGAAUUUGACAAGUUUGUGCGCCGUAGAGAAGAGACCAAGUGGGGCAAGAGCUACUGUCAGGACAGGGCAAAGAAAGACAGUCAGCAUCACGGCUUUGCUUACUGUUCAGACUCGGGGGACAAAGCGGUGAAAGAUGAGAAGGACGAUGGAGGCAGCAGGAAAGAGCGCAUCCGCAACAAGUCUGUGUUAGCGCAUCAGGAGAAAAGGACCUCCCAGUCUGAGGGGCAAGACCAGAUAGGAGGGGCUCUGCCAGCUAAGGAUCGGCCUUCCAUGCAGCUCUAUCAGCCAGGGGCACGCACACAAACAGGUUCAGGGGGAAACGGGUACGACCAUGGCAGCAACUCCCCAGAGAGGGUGGGUGAACGUAGGAACGAGAUCGCCACAGGAACUGGCACUGAGAAGACUGGGGAUGAGUAGCUGUAACUCACAAAAGGAAGAGAAAAAUGACAGGAAACUACUGCCUGGUUGCCCAGAUUAAAUUCUAUAGUAUUGUCUUUAGGUGGAAUUUUGAGUGGAAAAUUCUCUAUGUAUAUACGUAAAUCCUCUAAGUGAUUCAUGAACACGAUACAUUUGUGAUGCUAGACAUACAGUAUGUGCCCAUUUUAUUUUAAGUCGUAUUGUGAACUGUUUCAACUUCAUGCCAGAUAACACUGCCUGAAAAAAAUUCUAGAGGGUGCUAGAGGGCAACAUUGUUUUAUUAAAAAGAAAAUGCACACAUUUUACCUGUGCUCACAACAUGCCUAGCAAAUAUUUCAGGACUUCACCAAUUUGAGAUUCAUUUAAAAUAUUUUGUAGUUCUGAAAGUUAAAGUGAAAUCCUCUAUUAUAAAGAAAAUGAAUCAUUUUGUAGUGAAAAAUCAUGUAGAGUUGUUAGAAAAAAAUACAUAAAUAUAUAUGUAUAUCUUUGCAUGGCAAAUGUACUAUAAUAUUUUGCCAUAUUUAAAGUAUCCAAAUGUGAUGUUUGUAUCUGAAAUUCCAAUAUUUGGCUUUUUUUUUUUAAUUACUCACUUGUUAUAUUACUUUCACAUUUAAAUUUAUGUGGAUCUGAACUGUAGACUGGAUUGGGUGAUGAUUUUUUCCCAUGACUGGAGACGGACAGUCCAGUGUCAUAACCAGUUAUUGUAAUUCAACUUCCCUGCUUUUCUAUGAAAUAGCUUAUUAAUUCUGUGGCAAACAGUAAAUGUGUAAAAUGUAAGUACUGUGUGUAAUAUGCCUAAAACAUAUAUACUAUUAAUAAUUAUACUCUAAAAUAUUUAUUCACA